GCAUUCAUUUUUGAGGAUCAUCAGGAAAUCAUCAUGCCCGAACCAGCAAAGUCCGCCCCUAAGAAGGGCUCUAAAAAAGCCGUCACCAAGACGGUAGGCAAGGGUGGUAAGACGCGCAGGAAAUCCAGGAAGGAGAGCUAUGCCAUCUACGUGUACAAAGUCCUGAAGCAGGUUCACCCGGACACCGGUAUCUCCUCCAAAGCCAUGGGAAUCAUGAACUCAUUCGUGAACGACAUCUUCGAACGUAUCGCGGGGGAGUCAUCUCGUCUGGCCCACUACAACAAGCGAUCUACCAUCACCUCGAGAGAGAUUCAGACCGCCGUGCGGCUGCUGCUCCCCGGUGAGCUGGCCAAACAUGCCGUGUCCGAGGGGACUAAGGCCGUGACCAAGUACACCAGCUCUAAGUAAACCGCUACUGUACUUCCAAGGGUCCAAUUACCCCAAAGGCUCUUUUGAGAGCCACUCACUGUGUGGGUAUAAAAGCAAUUCGGAGUUGAACGAAUUAACAAAAUAUGUUGUAUUCUAUAGUAGCCGCACGCUGUCGACUGAUAACAUAUGAAAUAAACGGCGUACAGCCGAGUGCAUACAUUGUAUUAACUAAACUAUUAACUGUGGCUAUAUGUUUAUAAAGCAGCUAGCGAGAGGGAUACAAUGAAUCCUUUCACCAGUUCCUGUUUGAAUCGUGAGCGUUGCAGGACCAGUAUGUGGGGCUUUGCUCGCCAAUUUUUUUUUGUGUUAACUGAUUGUACCACGCCUUUGAAAGCCAUGACUCACAAUGUCUCUCAAUCAAGUCACGAGAGUGCGGCUUUAGUGAACGUUGAAAUAAAUACCACAUGACGG